AUGUUUGGUGUUAAAGGUUACAUGGUUUGGCUACCAGAAGAAGGAAAAUGUACGACUAGCAAGAAUGUUGUUUUCAGGGAGGAUGAAGUUUUAAAGGAUUUAAACAGUUCUAGCGAUAUUAUGACUAAUAAUAAGUCUACAAUCACACAGAAGAAGAAAUCUUGGAGGAAAAUUGUUACCUUUUUCGAUACUCAGCUGAUACAAGGACCAACUCCAACUGGUUUUCACAACAUCUCGGAUGAUGAGAAUGGUUCUGAGGCUUCAUUUGAUACCGAAGAUCAUGAAAUUUCUUCGUGUGAUGUGAAUUCUUCUCAAGGUGGAGCUACACCUCAAGGUGGAUUUCUUACUUCUCAGGUUGACUCCAGUAGUAGUACCUCGGAUGGAUCAGAAGAUGAGGGGUUAACGUUCAAUGAAGAAGAGGAGGAUGAGACAGAAAUUAUAAGUCAAAUAGAUGAUUACUUGUUAGCCAAAGACCGAGAUAAACGUCAGAACAUCAGACCGCCUUCACGUUAUGAGGAUGCCGACUUCGUGGGUUAUGCUCUAUCUGCAGCUGAGGACAUUGAAACAGAAAAUCCUAAGUCAAUGGAACAAGUCAAGAAAAGUCCUAACUGGAAAAAAUGGCAUAACGCAGAAGAUGAUGAGAUGACAUCACUGAUGAAGAAUCAUACCUGA